GUUUCAUUAUUUUUCGUUUCCUGGUUUUCCUGUGUUGGUCAAGGACAUAUACUGGUUUACAUUGCAUGAUGGGAUUUUCACUUCCGUCUUCUUCAAUGUCGUUGUGGGACGUAUAUCGAUUGUUUGAAGGCCUCUGGAAGCGACCUAGUUCGACCACGAUGGAUUUUCAAGUUCCAUGGGCUGCUCGACAUGACCGACAAAAAGUUGAUCUAGCUUUCAUUGUGGACUGCACGGGAUCAAUGGGUUCUUACAUUAGACAAGCGCAAAAACACAUUCGAACCAUCGCGGAGACGGUGUCAAGAACUGCAUUCAGUGUGAAACUUGCGUUGGUCGAGUACAGGGACCAUCCUCCACAAGACUCAACAUUUGUGACUAAAGUUCACGAUUUUACCUCUUCUGUGUCUGAAAUGAAGACUUGGGUGGAUGGGAUGAGUGCUAAUGGUGGUGGAGACGGGCCCGAAUCAGUUGCUUGCGCCUUGGUUGACGCUGCUACUAAACUUAGUUACAGAAAAGACGCCACUAAGAUGUGUGUUCUCAUUGGUAAGUAAGGAUAUUAAUCCCUCCUAACAUCUCAGAAGCAGUUGGCUUCCAGCUUCGGAAAAUAGUGGGGAUCACUCCAGUAAACAGCUCAAAGACAAUUUCAAAUUUGCCCUAUUCAGUUUUGUUGGAAAUAGAGGCUGGCUGGGGGGAGGGGGAGGGGGAAGUGGGGGGUACUGUUAGCUAAGGAAGUGUAACUCAUCCUUGUGGGCCUGAUGCUUUUCAUAAAUUCAUUUUUAACAAGUACCAUAAUAAAAUUGGUCAUGAAGAGACAAAGCUCUGAUCACAGACUCAAUUAACAGAAAAAUCACAGAAAGGCAAACAGAAAAGCCAUAAAAACUUAACUUGGAGCUAGCCAGUUAGCAGAUAAAGACUGAUUGUAAACUGCAAUUAAUGCAGUUGCCUCUCACUGCAGGCUACCUUUUGCUGGGAUGUUUCAUGGGAGGCGACUGCGUUUACCCAUCCAUACUGAUGGUGUGAACUUGUCCAGAAUUUUGUCAGGAGCUCUAACUGAUUGACAAAUAGCUGUAGUAGUGAUAAAAGCUCUUUUCUGUAUUAUUUAAAGUUAAAACAUUUGCAACAAAGCUGUUUGGAGGUUAUGCACUUCACGAAAAUCCAGAUGCACAUUUUGAAGCUAAGUCGAGCAUGUUUUCUGGUCACUAGUUUUGGGUUUAAAAGUGACUUUCUGGUUCUCCCUUUUUUUGCUUUUCUUGCCUUUCUUUUUUUUCUCAGUAUUUAGUAGGCUUCAUUUUGGUGGGAAAAGUUUUUAGGAAAAGUUUUAGGAUCAUAGGAUUAUGGAAGGAAAUGUAGGUGAGUAGUGGAACAAGAUUUUCUUGGAAAUUUUUGGGUCAAUGUACAUUGUUUUUUGCCUUUUUCUCUGGUGUCCUUGACUGAAUUGUGCUCAUUCUGGUAUGGUUUGAAAGAUCUCUUCACUCUGCACAAGUCAGCAGACAAAGUUAUCCUUGACCAUUUAAACUGAUGACGUCACAUGCUGUAGAAAGGACAUGGACCCACAUGGGUGGUUAAACGUACGUCAACAAAUGCGGCUUAUAAUCCCCACCUUGUUACAAGCCCAUCUACCUGUAAACAAUAAAAUACUUCCAAUUAUAAGCUCCCCCAGAUAUAAGCCCCCUCCAAAUGUAUUGAAUGAAUUCUUAUUUGUUACGACCUUCUGUAGCUUAAUAAAAACCAGUAAGUGUGAAACUAAUUUCGAUCAGCAAUGCUAUAGCUUGCUUAUUCCAGUUAUAAGCACCCUCAGAUAAAUAUAAGUCCUUAAAAUUAAAACCCCCAUACACCCUCCAAAUUAUUGAAUGAAUUCUUAUUUGUUACGACCUUUUUGGUAACAGUAGAAUUUUGUUUAUUCCAGUUUUAAGCCCCCUCAGGUAAAUGUAAGUCCUCUUAAAACCCCGUAUACCAUGUUCCCCUUAUCAGGUGGUAACGUAGAUUUACUAAAAUUAAAAAAGUAGGUUUUAAAAUUAAAAAAAAAGUGGAAAAAAAAGGAAGUUGUGAUCGAAUCCACUUCUCAAAAGGAAAAUGAAUAAAUAGAUAUGGAAAAGUACUUAAGUACACAUGUACACAGCUUUUCUUGUUGUGGGUUAUGCAUUUUGGAAAGAUAACAGAGUAAAGACAGAGUAAAGUUAUUUGAAUCAAACAAUUUAAACUGUUGCCUUUGGCACACCUUUUUUGCCUUACUGGCUAUGAAUGGUCCUUUACCUGCUGAGCUAAAAUUUAGGGAGAACAUUGUGUAUAAUCCCAUGGCUUUUAAGCAGAAACGUGUGUAAUCAACAUGACAGAAACUGCUGAGAUUGAUGCUGCUAGUCAUCCACAAUGAACUGUUUAAAACUCUUGAUUUUCACAUUGAUCCCUGUAGCUGAUGCUCCUCCCCAUGGCCUUGGAAUAGAUCAUGAUGGCUUCCCAGAAGGUUGUCCUUCUAGGAAUGAUCCAAUGAAAGCUUGCAAAACCAUGGUUGAAAGUGGAAUAGUACUCUACUCUGUUGGGUGUGAACCUGCUAUCUUGUCCUAUAAGGAUUUUUUUAUGGCUCUAGCAUUCAAAACAGGAGGACAGUAUGUGCCACUUUCAAGAGCUCAAGCAUUGUCACAGGUAAAUGUCUUUUUAAUGCCAUUUUGUUUUUGUUUUCAAGGGUGGCUAAGUACUCCAUACUGUUACCUGUCUGGAGGAUCCUUCACUGAGGACAAAUACGGGAAAUUUGUAGAAAGAUUGCAAUAAGCAUCAUCAUUAAUUUUUCACUGUUAUUUUUUGAUAUUACCUGAAUUCGUGGUAAGCUAAGUCAUUACAUAGUAAAAUGCAGUUUCAUGCAAUUUAAUACAAUUCACAACAAGGAGUGCCAGCUCCUGUGGUCAGUCAGUUGUCAGUUUGAUAGUGCAAUCAGCCUAUGAUUGCAUCAGCUCCAUGUGCUUGGUACAGUGUUACUACAGUGAAACCUCGAUCUAUUAGGACACAUUCGGGACCUUCCCAAGUGUCCUCUUAAUAGAAGGUGUCUGGUUGACAGAGGUUUGUAAAAAUUUGGUAGUGUUUGUUAAUGAUAAACAUUCAACGGUUCCUCUGUACUGUGAUAAAGUUCCUCAUUGCUAAGGAACCUGUCCAGAGUUCAAAUGCAUUACCUUUCACGACCAACUUUAAUCUGUUUGUAAAUGCAAAAACAUUAACUGAAUACAGUAAGUAUUUCAAGGACGUAAUCCAAUACUACUAUUGUCAAUUCAGUCCGUUGUCUGCUUAAUAGAGGUUUUUAACAAUAGAAAUUAGCCAAAUAUAAUUGAAUUUAAGUGUCCACGUCUGUCCAAUAGAGGUGUCUUAAUAGGGGUUCGUUAUAAAGGAAAAUAUAAGAUGUUAAUUUUGGGUCCCGGCUUAGUGUCCACUUAAUAGAGGGUGUCUGCUUAAUUGGGGGCAGCUUAAUAGUCACUGUAUUCUUAAUAUUUGUUUGUUCUUUUGUUUUGUUUUUGUUAGUUUUUGUUACCAUUAUGAUUUAUAGGACAUUAAACAGCUUAUUAUGCUCUGCAAGUGGUUUUAACAUGCCACUUGCCCAGAGACAAGUUUUGUCAAAAAUUUUGUUGGACCCUCAUACAGAGAGAAAAACUAAAAGCUGAUUUCACUGUUUUGUCUUUUUCUUUGUUUGAUCACUACUGUAGUUUAUAAUAAAUGGAACACUUGAAGAAGUUUCUCAGGAAAACCUCAUGGGAUAUGUAGAAGAUUUUCUGCACGUGGAACUAGCUAAACGAAGAGCUGAGAAACUGAGAACUACUGUAGAUGACCUCGCUGGCGAACUUGAAAAACAUCUCAGCAUCCGAAAUGUCAGCUGCCAGCAAUUGCAUUGUAACAACAUGGCCCUAGAAUCAGCCACACCCAUGGCAAAGAAAAUUGCUGGGAAGAAUAGCUUGGCUGAUGUACGAGAGUUGUUAAAAGGUGGCAGUCCAGUGGAUUAUAACACAAUCUACAAUCAAAGGGUAACAACAGUUGAAGUAACCUUAGGCACUCCUGCCUCUCCUACAAGAGAUGUGUGUGCGAGGUUACUUAUGAAGGGGCUAGGGAGAAGCAAAGUGCCAGUUACACAUGAUGAAAGUACUGGUGAACUAGUCCUUGUUGACACUAUUGACACGUUGGACUGAACUUAUUGACAUCAUAGUGUUAACCUAAUGAUGCGAGUCCAGGCUUCAGGUGAAAACCCAGGAUGCCAAUGCAAGCCUGUCCCCGGUUCUUUUUCCCACACGUCAUGCAACAGCUGGAAUUUAUCAGAAUAUCUGGAAAGUUUUUUUUGCGAAUAUUAUGCAUAGUUAAAUAUCGUAUAGUGGAGUUCCCUAUUCCAGCAUAAGAACAAAUUUUGAUCCCAUCAUAAACUUGAAAAUGUGGCAAGGAAAAGUAGAUGUAGCGAUGCAUACUGCCUGCGCAGAAAUGACAUUGGUACUUAAAAAAAUUUUGAGCAUAAAAAAGAACUAUGUCUAUGUCAUGCAGGGUCGCUCAGUCUUGAAAAGUCCCUGAAUUUUAGUUAGGGUGCUUGAAAAGUCCUUGAAUUUCUGUGUUAGUCCUUGAAAAGUACUUGAAUUGUCUUGAACUUUGAAAUUUAUGUAGUGGGGUCGAAAGUAAAUUGCUUCUCUUAUAGACUUUGGUAUUCUUUUCCUGUAUUAAGCAACUUUAAACACUGUAAAAGCAGUUUAUAAAGAGAAAUUGAGAAGCAAAGUAAUCCAGUUCAAAAGUCAGUCAAAUGCAGAUUUUCCAGUGAUUGUGUGUCCAACUCUUAAUUUGCCUUACAUGUAUGUUUAUUACGAGUUCCAUGCUUCGUUGGCUUCUUCGGCAAAUAAUGUCGGGAAAGCGUUCUUUUAAUGCUCGUUUAUAUUUACCAAAGAUAGAAAAAUGUUGAGAAGGAGAUGAGACGAACACUUGAGGGCUUAAAAUUCUCUUAGCUUAGACUGGGAAAGUGCAUUUUUGUACCAUGAUCUGUGAAACUACAUUUUUGCUAGUAUAGUGUCCUUGAAAAUUUGAUGUCGUCCUUGCAAAGUCCUUGAAAACUGGUUGCAUUUUUUUUUAUGAACCCUGUCAUGCACAUGUAUGAUGACACUCAUCACACGUUGAUAAGAAUUAUUAUUCACUGGAUGUGGAAUCAAAUGUGUUUUUAGGUUGUACCUUUUGAGCUAUUGUUAAACCCGUUAAGUCCCAAAAGUGACCAACAUCAAUUUUCUCCCAACAAUAUGGAUCAUGCAUGUCAAAGGAAAUGGUUAUGGGAAUUAUUAAAAUGAUCUCCUAAGAGAAACUCCUUUGUUCUUUUAUCAAAUUCUCUCAACUAAUUCUUAAGGAAAUAUAUAGAGAUCAGUUUGGGGAAUUUGUAUGUGGAUAUUGGGGCUUAAAAGGUUAAUAGGAUUAUAGCAUCCAUGCAAAGCAAGACUUCAUGUAUACAGUUUUAAACUGGAUUUUCUUUUUGUCAAGUUGAGUAGUUUUACAUACAGCUUAUCUUGUAAAAUUGAACCAAUAAUUAAAUUAUAUUACUGAGUGAUGUCAUAUAUUACAUAGACC